CCACAGCGCCCUGUGCCAUGGCCGCCGUGCUGACCGCCGCCGCCAGCAGCACGGAGCCACAGUGGGAGAGCGGCCUCUGCACUCACAACGGCGUGGGUGGCAGCUGGCUGCUCCGCGAGGAGUCCCGGGGCCGGAGGAACUCCAUCCCACCCGCGCAGGCGCCCACCGCCAGGCACAUGCUGGCCUACCUGCCGCGGCCACCCACCGACUCCAGCCGCUACAGCACCUUCCCCCAGAAGCCCAAAGGCCCAGCCACCCCUGUGUUCCUGGCAGACGACAGCCAACAGCAAAAGGCCACCAGCGCUGCUGAGAAAAGAGCCCUAGUCCCAAACGAUCUCCACCCGCCCUACAGCACUGUCAUCCCCGGUGAGCUGGCUCUGCUUCAGAGACGAGCACACUCAGAGGACAUUGUGCCCGCCAGGCGCUGGCCCAGCACCUCCAUCAGCACUGGCGACCUGCCCAAGCACCGCCGCACGUCACGCCAUGACCCACUGCCCAUGCCACGGGACGUCUCCACCCGCUGGUACCCGUGGCACACGCACAGCGUGCCCACCAUCCCCAGCCCUGUGCAGAGCAAAACACCCACCCGGAGCAUCGUCUCCAUCCCCUCUACAGAGAAGCUGCAGACCCGGCGCUGCAAGCUCAUGGAGGACGAGCGGCCGCUCAGCUUGGCGAGCAAGCAGCAGAGGCAGCGCUACGUCACCAAAGUAGGCAAGUGCCAGGUGAACCUGGGCAACAUCCAGGAGAAGAAGAGGUUCCUCUCAGACAUUUUCACCACUAUCGUGGACCUCAAGUACCGCUGGUUCCUCUUCGUUUUCAUGAUGUGCUAUAUUGUCACCUGGGUUGUCUUUGGCACCAUCUAUUUCUUCGACGCAUGGAUAAGGGGUGACAUCGACCACAUUGGCGAUCCAGAGUGGAAGGCGUGCAUCGAGAACGUGGACAAUUUCAUAUCUGCCUUACUCUUCUCUGUGGAAAGUCAGAGGACCAUUGGCUACGGCUCCAGGAUCGUGACUGCCAACUGUGCCGAAGGCGUCAUCCUGCUCAUGGCACAGUCCAUCAUUGGGUCCAUGAUUGAUGCCCUUAUGGUGGGCUGCAUGUUUGUCAAGAUCUCCAGGCCCAAGAAGCGUGCCCAGACCUUAAUCUUCAGCAAAAACUGCGUCAUCUCCCACCGAGACGAGAAGCUCUGCCUGAUGUUCCGCAUCGGGGACCUCCGGGAGAGCCACAUGGUGGAUGCAAAAAUAAGAGCCAAACUGAUUAAAUCCAGACAGACCAAAGAAGGGGAGUUCAUCCCCUUGGAGCAGUCGGAGCUGAACCUGGGCUACGACACAGGGGAGGACAGGUUGUUCCUGGUGGAGCCCCAGAUCAUCUGCCAUGUCAUCAACCAGCGCAGCCCCUUCUGGGACAUGUCGGCAGAGUCGCUGAGGAGGGAGCAGUUUGAGAUCAUCAUCAUCCUCGAGGGCAUUGUGGAGGCCACGGGGAUGACGUGCCAGGCCCGCACCUCGUACACCGAGGACGAGAUCCUGUGGGGGUACCGCUUCGAGCCCUGCAUGUGGCUGGAGAAGGGCGCCUUCCGCGUGGACUACAGCCGCUUCGAGCUCACCUUCGAGGUGCAGACCCCGGCGGCCAGCGCCAAGGAGAUGCAGGAGAUGGCGGAGCUGCAGCGCCGGGGCCGCGCCACCACCGGCCUGGGCUGGGCCCCGCCGCCCGUCUGA